UCCAUUCUCUAUAAAUAAGUCAAAUGAAGCAAAGACAAAGAAAUAGGUAAUGACAGAUUCUUUGAGGGGUGAUCAAAUUGCUGAAAUCCAUGAAGCAUUUUUUCUCAUUGACAAAAAUUCUGAUGGGUUCGUUACAGAGGAUGAAUUAACAACCACAAUCAAAUCAUUAGGUGUAAAUCCAACAAAAGAAGAAAUUCAAAAUAUGAUUAGUGAAUUGGAUAGUAAUGGAAGAGGAAGUAUUGAUUUUGAAGAGUUCUUGAAUAUUAUGAGUACAAAAAUGAAGGAAAAUAUAUCUAAGGAGUUGAAAGAAGCGUUCAGAGUAUUUGAUAGAGAUCAAGAUGAAUAUAUUUCAGCCACUGAGUUGAAAGAUGUAAUGAUGAGAUUGGGAGAGAGACUAACAGAUGAAGAGGUUGAACAAAUGAUUAGAGAGGCAGAUUUGGAUGGUGAUGGUAAAGUUAGCUAUGAAGAAUUUGCAAAGAUAAUGGUGUUAAAGUGAUGCUAUUUUUAGAGAGGAAAAUUUAAAAUAUUUUUGUUUUAUUAUGCAAUGACAUUACAUUAGUGUCAUGUGUUUGUGGAAUAUUUUAUUUUAUUUUCCAACAUAAUGGUUGUUCGUUGGAAUUUCUAAAAAAUAUAGUUACAUUUAUAAUAGUAAAUUUGUCAUCAUAUAUUUGUUUAUUAAAAUAUA